AAGAAAAAUAAAGUUUAAAAAAAAAAAAGUAUGAUUCAGUUUAUAUUCAGACACAAUCAGUUCUUUCUCUGGAUAUAGAUAACAUUUUUCAUCAUUAAGUCCUUCAAAGUAGUCUUGGAUUAUUCUAUUGAUGAGAAUGGCAAAGUCAUUCACAGCUGAUCAUCCCACAGCUUUGCUUUCCCUUCCUACUUUCAGUAUUAUUUUAUUGCAUAAAAUAUAUAUAUAUAUUCCGAAAAGGAGUCCACAGGUUUUAUUUAUUUAUUUUUAACAACUAUUAAAGAAAACCAAGUCUCCAGUUUCCCAAGUAUAAGCUCUUUAAAAUUACCCUAAGAAUGGAUUCUUCAAAAGAGCAUUGCUUCAGUCUUUCCCUAAAGAACCGUCUUACAUCCUUCACCUUCUUGGUCCACCGGAUACAGAUGCACGCUAGAGAAUAAGGACGUAGGGCACCUGGGGUUGGGGACUGGAGCAAAGUAGAAAAGAGAGGACGAGGAUGGUAAAGUCGGGUAAAAAUUACUCCCGACAGUCUCACGGGGGUAGUGUCCGGAACACAGAUGCCUUAGCCCCGAAGGCCUCUCCAGGCUCACUAGCGCUGGCGAAAUUGGGGAAAAGGAGCAGAGGAAAUACAUCUCCUGGAAUGCCUAGCGGUAAAAGGUCCGACAAGUUUUAUCAGUUUCCAGAAUUAAAAACAAAAAACAAGAACGAAAACAAAAACAGAAAAAGCAGCUCUUAACUCCACACUCUUUUCCGGAUAGGUACACGCGUACAUUGUUUAUGGCCUCAUUGGCGGUGUGUGAAGUUGUAGUCACGGGUCCUUCCGCCCCGCUGUGUGACGGGAGAUGUAGUCCCCACUCCUCCCGGCACAGUCUUUCAGGAUGUAGCUGAGGACGGGGGUAGGGACGGUGGGGGCGUGGAGGAGGAAUAAGAACUGCCUACCUUUCCCAGAGGGAACCGCGUUGCCGGCGGGUAGGCCAUCCUUUGGUGACGUUACAGUUUGUGCUAAGAUACAGUCAGCAUCUGGCUUCCCGGCAAGCGGCAUAACCAUGGCGGGGGAGAUGACAAUUCUAGGUUCAGCUGUCCUAACUCUUCUUUUGGCCGGCUAUUGGGCACAGCAGUAUUUGCCUCUGCCUACUCCUAAAGUGAUAGGCAUUGACCUUGGGACCACCUACUGUUCAGUUGGGGCAUUUCUUCCUGGUACAGGAAAAGUGAAGGUCAUUCCAGAUGAAAGUGGUCAUAAUAGCAUACCCAGCAUGGUAUCUUUUACUGAAACUGAUGUUCAUGUAGGAUAUGAUGGAUUGGAGCUGGCAGAUUCAAAUCCACAAAACACAAUAUAUGAUGCCAAACGAUUCAUAGGAAAGAUUUUCACCCAAGAAGAGCUGGAGACAGAAAGUAGUAGAUAUCCAUUUAAGGUGUUAAACAACAAUGGAACUGCUGAAUUUUCUGUGACAAGCAAUGGAACUAUCACUGUUUCUCCAGAAUAUAUUGGCACCCAACUGCUUUUGAAGCUGAAGAAAAUGGCAGAAGACUACUUCGGGAUGCCAGUGUCCAAUGCUGUUAUUUCUGUGCCAGCAGAAUUUGAUCUAAGGCAGAGAAAUUGCACUAUUCAGGCUGCUAAUCUCGCAGGAUUAAAAAUCUUAAGAGUAAUUAAUGAACCCACAGCUGCAGCUAUGGCUUAUGGACUUCACAAGGCAGAUGUUUUUAAUGUCUUGGUGGUAGAUUUGGGUGGAGGAACACUAGAUGUUUCCUUACUCAACAAACAAGGAGGAAUGUUUUUAACCCGAGCCAUGGCAGGAAAUAAUAAACUUGGAGGUCAAGAUUUCAAUCAGAGAUUGCUUCAAUACUUAUACAAGCAGAUCUAUCAAACCUAUGGGUCCCUACCUUUCAGGAAAGAAGAAAUCCAUCGAUUAAGACAGGCUGUGGAAAUGGUCAAGUUAAAUCUGACUCUUCAUCAUUCUGCCUGGAUUUCAGUGUCACUCACUUUAGAGAAAACUAAAGACUUAAAAGAUUCUGCACAAAAUAAGGAACAUAAAAGUAAACCUUCAGAGGACAAAUUGUCUCCAGAAAGUUCCCAUAAUGAGAAUAUUAUGUUCAGAGUUAAUUCUUCUGAAAGAGAUGGAAAACUGAGUGAGGUUCUUUUUGAAACAGAAAUCUCAAGGAAACUGUUUGAUACAUUGAAUGAGGAUCUCUUUCAGAAAAUUCUUGUACCAAUUCAGCAAGUGCUGAAAGAAGGAAAUCUGCAGAAGACUGAGAUUGAUGAAGUGGUUUUGGUAGGGGGUUCUACUCGUAUUCCUCGAAUACGCCAACUGAUUCAAGAGUUCUUUGGGAAGAGUCCCAACACAUCUGUAGACCCUGACCUGGCUGUUGUGAUGGGAGUAGCUAUUCAAGCAGGUAUUGAUGGUGGAUCUUGGCCUCUUCAAGUCAGUGCUAUAGAAAUUCCCAAUAGACAUUUAAGAAAGACCAACUUCAGUUGAAUUAAUUCAUCUCACCUAGUAACCAUUUUCUCUUUAUUAUACCUCUUUAAUACAACAAAUGGCAAAAAUUAAGCCAAGAUACUUUAAUGAAGACAAUUCUCAAAUUUACCAGGAAAUAGCAACAUCUAGAUGUUGGUGAAUUUCACAUAACACUUAAUUUAAGAUUAACUGUCUCCCCAGGCUCCUUCCUCCCCUCAAUAGUCAUUCUUUUGAAUAGAUCUUUUUCCAUAGGAAAGAUAUAUUCAAAAGUGAUGCAUGUUAAAUGAAUUCUUAUAUGGCGGUCAUCUAGAAUACAGGACAUGUAGGACAGAAAAGAUUAUAAGCAUUAUUUAUAAUUGCAUUUUGUAAAAAUAGAAUAGUGCCAUUUGUGAGAUGUAGUUUCCUACCAAAUUUUAUUAAUGGAAGUUGUUAGAUUGUUUGUAACUAGUACUUUGAAAUAUCUGUCCUGAAAGUGUUGCUAUGACACCUGGCUCCAGCUCCAGGUAUUUAUAGUGAAUAGAAAAUAAAGCUUAGCAGUAUUAAUACUGACAACAUCUAUAAUGCUCACCAUUACCUUAUCCAAACUAUUCUUCUUAAAUUGAUGUAAAAUUGACCCUCAAAAAUCAAAAUGUCAUAUAAUACUUGUUGAUAAUGUUUUGCUUUAAAGAACUACUGGAAAAAUGCCAAAGAUGAAUUAAAUUAUGGGAGAAAUUAUGUUUUCUUGUACUUUUGAAACUUUUAGGUUUUGAAAUUUCAGAUACUCUUUUUCAAGGUGCUUAAAAGUUUCCUAAUGUUCAAAUUUCCAUACUAUUUAGAUUUUAAGCCCAAAAGUAAAUGUCAAUUUUAUCUAAUAUAUUUGCAUUGGUUUUCAUAAAACACUUUAAAAAUUUUGAACAUUCAAAAAAUGAUUUUUCCCAUAAUUUAAAAAUGUUUUAGAAAAAGAAAAGAGUAGUGUAGGUCCUUUGGGUAAUGACUUUGUGUCCUUCAUUACAUUUGAACCUUUAAGAAAAGUGAAGUCUAAACACAAGUUUUGUUGAUGGGUAAGAAAUGUAAUUUUUAACUUUUUAAACUCUAAAAGUGUUUAAUUAGUUCUACAGUGUAAGUAUGAACAGCAGAAAUAAUAGUCUUCACAUUCCAAAAAUAAUAUCCAUUUUCUAUGGAUUUUCUCCCAUUUUCUACCUCUCAACGUGUUAGUGUAGUCCAGGAAGGGAACUUGUGCCCUCCAAAUUCCCCCAUGCAAACUGGGGUAGCCUUACAAAAUUUUGGAGGCACUGAGCAGUAACUAUUCAUAGCUAUCUCAGCUAUUGGAUCGGGUUUAUAUGAGAAAAAUAGUAUGACAUCUGUGUGGGAUAAUUUAUAUGUAAAUGUUUUUUUCCCUUUUAAGGACAUAAUUCAUUUUGGAUGUAUAUGUAGCUUAUAGUUUGUAGUAUACAGUAUUUUUUUUUUUUUAGCAAGGUCCUUAUCUAGUUGCAGAAACAGAAUGAAUUAUUUAUUUUUUAUCAGAGGGAAGUCUUGGUACUGUAUUUUCGCUCAGACCACUGAAUUAGCAACAGGUUUUGAGUUUAACGAAUUGUAAAUAACAGAUAUGAAGAUUUUUUUCAUGUGUGUAAAUGAUUGAUAAAUCUCAGUGAAGUAACACUUUCAGUUUCUUUUUAAAAUUGUGCACUUUAUUCUCCAUUUUGUACCAUUCAGCUAAACCACUGUUUGGCAACCUGGUACAGAUUGGAAUGUAUAGAAGAUGGGAAUAGUAGAUUUUGGGAAUGAAGUUGAAGCAGCACUUAUGGUCAUUGGUAAAGCCAUGAAAUUCAUUUCUCAGUAUGUAGAAUUCUAAUAAGCCUUAGUGCUUAUACUCAAGCUUUUCUUCCCAUUCUUGAAACUAUAGUCUGAAUAAAAAGCAAACAUUAUAAAAAUGUUGCCAUAACCAAAGUAGGUAAUUCCUAAUUAUAUAUUAAAACCCAAAAUAAUAUAGUACUAAAAAGUAGAACAAGAGAGUGAAAACUUUAAUUUCUUAGUAAAGUACUGUAUUAAUAUUUGGAAUAAUUCAAUUAAAUUGUGUUUUAAUAAAUUUUGUUAAUGUGCCCUUUUAAAACUGAGUACUUUCCAAUAAAAAUUACAAAUUAUUUUCAAUAAUACAAUUUGUUUCUGAAUGUCUGUUUUCUUCUUAGCUAAUUUAUUAUCCUUGCAAAUUAGGAAUAUUUAUGGCUUUAAGGAUACCACAGUCUAAAUAAGAGUUUACAACUUUUAAGUUUAUUAUCAUUUAGCCUUCCUUGGCAUAACAAUGUGGUUCUCUAUGAUACCCAUGUUUAUGAGGUCAUUUCUAAAUCACUUUGGAAAAGGUCUAGCAAUUGUUAGGUUUUAAAUAAAAUUUACAUUUAUAUCUUUUAUUUUUAAUUUGUUUUUUAAUACCACUGAGAUAUCUCUGCCAAUAUCUUUCCUCCUGCCACCUGCCAGAGCACCAUCCUAUAUAACAAAUAUUUUGAAAUAAAUAAAUAAAAAUUUAAAAAUUAGCAAAACAGAUCAAUACUGAAAAAGUGAAAAUAUAUUCAGUGUCUAAUGUCCAUAGUCCUCUCCUACCUCUAUAGAGUAGUAGGGUGGAGGUUUCUUCUCGUUAUUCUUUCUUGGUUCCAUACUUGUUCUUUGUAAUUUUCCAGCAUUCACUUUUGGCUAUUUUCCAAUUAUUCCUUCUGUUGACAUAUUCAUUUUCAUUGUUUCAGUGUUUUUUCUACUCUGCUUCAGAGCAUGUAAAUCUUUCCAUGCUUCUAUGUAUUCAUGAUAUUCAUCAUUUCUCUUAGCACCUUGACAUUCCAUGAUAGUCAUGUAUCACACAAUUUAUUAGGACAUUCUCCAGUUAGUGGGCAUCUACUUUGCUUUCAAUUCUUUGCCACCACAAAAAAUGCUGCUAUAAAUAUUUUGGUGUAUAGAGGGACUUUUUUUUUUUUUUAUCACUAAUGAUCCCUUUGGGUUAAAACAUAAAUAUUUAAGAACUGAUUCUCUGGAGAAGAAAUGUACACAUGAUAUGUUUUUUAAGUUCAGUUUAUUAAGACUUUCUCCAUUUUUCUUAAUUUUUAACAAUCAACAAAAUCACAUCUCAAGCCCUGCUUUUUUUUUUGUUGUUGUUGUUUGCUGAUUUUUGAGGUGUAAUUGCUCACUUUGAAAAUUUUAACAUAUCAGUUCUCAUGAACCAGCUCAAGCUGGCUUCAGCACAUCCCUGAUUAUAAAAAGUCUUAUAAUAGGAAUAUUUGGGUCAAAUGGGUACAUAGGGUAUAUUUUGAUGACUUUGUAUAAGCUCAGGAUGCUUUACAACAAUACGAGUUUGUAUUGAUUCAUACCUAUAACUACAAUGUACUCAAUCUCUCCAAAAAAUUCCCAUCUUUGCUAAGCUUUGCUAAUAUACUAUAUUUUAUGUGAACUUUGAGGAUCGUUUUUGUAUUUCUCUUACUACUAUUGAUUUUGAAGCAUUGUUUUCAUAUGGUUGUUAAACAGUUUGCAAUUCUUUUGAGAAAUGUUGGUUUGUAUCUUUUGACCACAAAUAUUAUAAUAACUUCUGGAUAUAUGUGUGCAUUUUAUAUAUAAA